UUAUACCAAUAUAUAGCUAUCAAAGUUCUCCAUGAGAUUGAGAGUAAUAACAAAACAAAAUUAGUAUCUACGAAGCGGACUCACUAUUGUUGAGGCGUAAGCGUAUUCCCUUGAAAAUUUUCCUAUAUAUACAUCGUCAUCAUGAUACACCUCUUAUAACAAUCCACAAAAUGAGAGAGAUUAUAAUUAGCCUUUUAUCUCUGGCUUUGUUCCUCCUUAAGGUCUCAGCCAAGCUAUCUGAUGUUCCCUUUUAUUUACCAGCCAAUGAAACCCUUGGCCUUAAACUAAUAAGGGAACGUAAUACGUCAGACCUAGCCCAGUCAUUAUUAGCACAGAGUCGAUGCGGAUGGCCAGGUGGCGGUAGAUCGUGUCCUACUGGACAGUGUUGUGAUUUUGAUGGUUGGUGUGGAACCGGUGAUGCCUAUUGUGAUGAAGAUGAGUGUGAUUUCCAGUGUCCAGGUCCGAUCCCAGUGGGACGAUGCGGAAUGCAAGCAGGUGGUCGACCAUGUCCUACUGGACAGUGUUGUCGGGAUUCAGGUUGGUGUGGAACCACAGAAGAAUAUUGUAAUCCUCUACGCUGUCAAAGCCAAUGUUCAGGACCUUAUCCAUCGGGACGUUGUGGAUGGCAAGCUGGUGGGAGGAAAUGUCCUACUGGAUUAUGUUGUAGUCUCUGGGGUUGGUGUGGAACCACUUCAAUCUAUUGUUCUCGUGAAGAAUGUCAAAGUCAGUGUGAAAGGCCACCACCACCCCCGUCUCCACCACCCCCACCCCCACCCCCACCAUUCCCACAGGGACGAUGCGGAAAGCAAGCUGCUGGUAGAGCAUGUCCUACUGGAGUGUGCUGUAGUAUAUGGGGCUGGUGUGGAACCACACGUAACUACUGUGUUUCUCCCUACUGUCAAAGUCAGUGCAAGGGCGGUCUAACCUCGUACAACAAGAAUCGCUUCAGAGGCAUUGAAAGCUUAUUGCUCAAUGCUCUCUAGAUGCUUGCUGCCUUCUGUAUUCCCUAGACCAUGUACUUCUACUCCUCUUUUGGGACUGGAACAAGUGUGUGAAUAUUAUCGUGUGAAAUGAUAAUGCAUAUGUAAUGCAUUAUUUAUAAAUAAAUAAAAUAAAUAAAGGAGGAGUUCUUUUGUCUAAA